AUGGUGAGUAACCGCAUGCGUGAAUGUAUCUCAAUGCACGUCGGCCAAGCCGGAGCCCAAAUGGGCAAUGCAUGUUGGGAGCUGUACUGUCUGGAACAUGGCAUUCAGCCAGAUGGACAAAUGCCCUCUGACAAGACUAUUGGUGGUGGCGAUGACUCAUUCAAUACCUUCUUCAGUGAGACUGGAGCUGGCAAACAUGUGCCCAGGGCAAUUUUCGUUGAUCUGGAGCCUACGGUCAUUGAUGAAGUUCGCACAGGUACAUAUCGCCAGCUGUUCCACCCAGAACAGUUGAUCACGGGAAAGGAGGAUGCUGCCAAUAACUACGCUCGUGGUCACUACACUAUUGGCAAGGAAAUCAUUGAUCUGGUUCUCGACAGGACUCGUAAGCUUGCUGACCAAUGCACUGGGCUGCAAGGAUUCCUUAUCUUCCAUUCCUUUGGUGGUGGCACCGGCUCUGGUUUCACCUCCCUCCUCAUGGAGAGACUUUCUGUUGACUAUGGGAAGAAAUCAAAGCUUGAGUUUGCUGUCUACCCUGCCCCUCAGGUGUCCACAGCAGUGGUAGAGCCCUAUAAUUCCAUUCUGACCACUCACACCACCCUUGAGCACUCGGAUUGUGCUUUCAUGGUGGACAAUGAAGCAAUCUAUGACAUCUGCCGCAGGAACCUCGACAUUGAAAGGCCAACCUACACUAACCUGAAUAGGCUCAUUGGCCAGAUUGUAUCAUCCAUCACAGCCUCACUUCGCUUUGAUGGUGCCCUGAAUGUUGACCUGACGGAGUUCCAGACCAACUUGGUGCCCUACCCUCGUAUACAUUUCCCUCUGGCAACAUAUGCCCCAGUUAUCUCUGCAGAGAAGGCCUACCAUGAGCAGCUCUCUGUAGCAGACAUCACCAAUGCCUGCUUUGAGCCAGCCAACCAGAUGGUUAAGUGUGAUCCUCGUCAUGGUAAAUACAUGGCCUGCUGUCUGCUAUAUCGUGGCGAUGUAGUUCCUAAAGAUGUCAACUCUGCCAUCGCUGCCAUUAAAACCAAACGCACUAUCCAAUUUGUUGAUUGGUGUCCUACUGGCUUCAAAGUGGGUAUCAACUACCAGCCUCCAACCGUUGUUCCUGGAGGGGAUUUGGCAAAGGUCCAGAGGGCUGUGUGUAUGUUAAGCAACACUACAGCCAUAGCUGAGGCCUGGGCCCGUCUGGAUCACAAGUUUGAUCUGAUGUAUGCCAAGAGGGCCUUUGUGCACUGGUAUGUGGGAGAAGGAAUGGAGGAAGGAGAGUUCUCCGAGGCCAGAGAAGAUAUGGCAGCCCUAGAGAAGGAUUACGAAGAGGUCGGCACUGACAGUGUUGGUGAAGAUGACGAAGAAGGGGAGGAGUACUGA